CUGCCUCUGCCUCUGCCUCUGCCUCGGCUGUAUAUCAGUCUCCCAAAGCCCCACGCACGUCGCUGCUCUGUUGCCAUCCGCAUCCGUCGCUCCUGUCUCAACAUGUCAACACCCCAACCGCCCGGUCCCAGCCCGUCCGCUCCCCUGCCCAUGACCCCCGAUCUCAACCGCAUCCUUCCCAACGCCGACCGCAGCUCACUCGAUCAGCUCUUUUCCCUGGGCGAGUACUAUCUCAAGAACAAGCAGUACAGCGAUGCUACCAAGGUUCUGACCCUCGCUGCCAAGAAUAACCACCUGCCCGCCCAGAUGGCCCUGGCUCGGAUCUACUCCAAGGGCCUUGGCACCGCCCAGUCCUACUCCAAUGCCUUGGAAUGGUACAAACGCGCCGCCGAGUCCGAUGACCCCGUCGCCGAGUUUAAUGUCGGAUACUUUUAUGCCAACGGCUAUGGUAUCGAAAAGGAUAUGGCCAAAGCCAUCCUGUGGUACCGCCUCUCGAUCCGACACGGGUUCGCCAACGCUCAGUUCCAUCUUGCGAUGGCCCUCCAGAUCGAUACGUCCGAUUCCAAGGCCCUCGAAGAGUCGUUUUCCUUGAUGGCCCAGGCAGCAGCAGCUGGAUUCCCGGACGCACAGUACCAACUCGCGCGCAUGUACGCCAAGGGCAUGGGCUGCGCUCGAAGCAGCACCAAGGCUCUGGCGAUCCUGAAGCGUCUCCCCGAGUCCUCGAAAAUUCUGUUCUUGACCGGAUACAUCUAUUUUACGACUCCGGCACUCAAGAAGCAGACCGAGGCCCUGAAGCUGUGGUCUCGGGCUGCAGCCGAGGGAGACGGAAUGUCUGCACACAACGUCGGGCAUUGCUACCAGUGGGGACUCGCUGGUCUUGAGCUCGACUACAACGAGGCCAUGUACUGGUACACCCGUGCCGAAAACAUGGGCUUCAAGGAGUCCCAGAUUGGAAUCUACGAGUGCUGGUACUGGCUGGAAGAGUACGACAAGGUCUACGAGAAGCUCGAGCAGGCGCUGAAGGAUGGAUUCACCAGCGCCCAUGCGUAUCUGGGCCAUUGCUUCUUCUUUGGGCAUGGCGUCAAGCAAGACUAUGACCAAGCUGUGCUCCACUAUGUGCAGGUUCCAGAGGAGUAUCGCGAUGUAUCCAUUCAUCUCCAGCUCGGCCGCUGUUACCUGGAAGGGCUGGGUGGGAUCGAAAGAAACCUUGAUGCGGCAUACAUACUGAUUCAAAUGGGCACGCUGGAGACCUAUCCCACCAGCCUCUACUAUCGGGGCUACUGCCUCGAGAACGGCUUUGGAUGCACCAAGAACCUCGAAGAGGCCAUUGAGUGGUACAUCAAGGGCUUCAAGGCCAAGGACAAAGACUCGCAGGAAGCGCUGCUCCGUCUCGGUCGGCUGCACGAUCCAACAACCUACGUGGCAUACCAUAUGUCGAUCGACCCCGGCUUGAUCAACGACGAGCUCUGCUUCGACGACUGAAACCCAAUCUCCCCUGCACCCUACCCCCAUCGUAUAUACACAUCACUGGGCAGCCGCUCUUCUCCCAAGCGACCCGCCGUCGCAUCUAUGCAAGUAACGCGUGAGCACGAACAAUUGCAAGUGCGCAACAGGGCUUGCAAUGGCGGACGCUGAAUUGCUCACGGCGCCCGCGACGGACGCUUGUCUGCCUCUGUAUACCAAAAUGAAAGGCCCACAAUCCAAGACCAAUGCGCUGCC